GCUCGAUCAAGAGCUCAUGUCGACAGGUGCCUUCUCGAUUGAUCAAUUAAUGGAGUUGGCUGGUCUAUCUGUCUCACAAGCCGUGUUCAAAUUACAGCCUUUGAGUAAAGGCAAGAGGGUGUUGGUAGCGUGCGGUCCGGGCAACAAUGGUGGUGAUGGCUUGGUUGCCGCACGGCAUCUAUUCCAUUACGGCUACCAACCGACAGUAUAUUAUCCUAAGCAGAGCAAAAAUGAACUCUAUCAGCGUCUUUGCACACAACUAAAAGACCUGAAGGUUCUCUUUACAGAAGACUUCCCAUCUGCGCUACAGCAGACCGAUCACAUUGUUGAUGCCAUAUUUGGCUUCUCCUUCUCAGGCGAGGUCCGUGAGCCCUUCCCGAAGGUCAUCGAGGCUCUCCGAGACACCAAGCUUCCUGUACUGGCAGUGGAUGCUCCGUCUUCAUGGAAUAUUGAAAAUGGCCCACCUGACUCUGGCCCUGGGAAAGGAUUUAUGCCUGAGGCAUUGAUUUCGUUGACAGCCCCUAAACCAUUGGUCAAAUGGUUCAAAGGAAGACACUUUGUAGGUGGAAGGUUCCUCAGCCCUCAGGUAGCAGAAAAGUAUAACCUUGAUUUACCCAACUAUGAGGGUUUGGACCAAAUUGCAGAAGUAGAGGUUUCGGAGGGUAAACUUUAAGGGGAGUCUCGAGACUUGCGUAUUUCAGAAUGUAUAGGCGUUGUACGGAAAUUACACCAAUGAGCGAAGACACAGGUGUGU